CGUUUCGCUCCUGCUUCCCAUGACUCACUCCCCCCCCUUCACCCUUUCACGUCAUACGUUCUCAGCACUCUUCCUCCCAGCUCCUCAUCCCUCUGCCUCCCCCUGUCAUUCGCCAACUGACUCUUUCCAGCAGGAUCAAACACACAGCAGGAUGUCUAUUGUGAAUAUUGUCGCCAGGGAGAUCCUCGACUCCAGAGGAAACCCCACUGUGGAAGUGGAUCUGCAUACAGCCAAAGGUCUGUUUAGGGCGGCUGUGCCCAGUGGAGCAUCAACUGGCAUCUAUGAGGCUCUGGAGCUCCGAGAUGGAGACAAGACUCGCUACAAGGGCAAAGGUGUUACCAAGGCUGUUGCUCACAUUAAUGACACCCUCGGGCCUGCUCUCCUGCAGUCUGGAAUCUGUGUCCUGGAGCAGGAGAAGCUGGACAACAUGAUGAUUGAAAUGGAUGGCACUGACAACAAAUCCAAGUUUGGGGCCAAUUCUAUUCUUGGAGUAUCGCUGGCUAUAUGCAAAGCUGGUGCUGCGGAGAAAGGUGUCCCCUUGUACCGUCACAUUGCUGAUCUGGCAGGAAACGGAGACCUUGUUCUUCCAGUUCCAGCUUUUAAUGUUAUCAACGGGGGCUCGCAUGCUGGUAACAGACUGGCCAUGCAAGAGUUCAUGGUUCUCCCUGUAGGUGCAAACUCUUUCCGUGAUGCCCUGAGGAUGGGAGCGGAGCUUUACCAGACUCUGAGAAGCGUCAUCAAGGAGAAGUAUGGCCAAGAUGCUACAAAUGUGGGAGAUGAGGGAGGGUUCGCCCCUAAUAUUCAAGAGAACAGUGAAGCCCUGGAGCUGAUAAAGACAGCCAUAGAGAAGGCAGGGUUCACAGACAAAGUGGUCAUAGGGAUGGAUGUGGCCGCCUCUGAGUUUUUCAGCGAGGGCAAAUAUGACCUGGACUUCAAGUCUCCACCCAAUGCGGCGCGCAACAUCAGUGCCGAGGAGCUGGCCAGCAUCUACCAGGGCUUUAUUAACAACUACCCGGUCGUGUCAAUUGAAGAUCCUUUUGACCAGGAUGAUUGGCCUGCUUGGUCACAGUUUACAGCUUCAGUUGGCAUCCAGGUUGUUGGAGAUGAUCUGACUGUGACAAACCCCCGCAGGAUACAACGCGCUGUGGUGGAAAAAGCCUGCAACUGUCUGCUCCUCAAAGUCAACCAGAUUGGAUCUGUGACCGAGGCCAUCAAAGCGUGUAAACUGGCCCAGGAGAAUGGCUGGGGUGUGAUGGUGAGCCACCGCUCCGGUGAGACAGAGGACACGUUCAUAGCUGACCUGGUGGUUGGUCUUUGCACUGGACAGAUCAAGACUGGUGCUCCAUGUCGAUCAGAGCGUCUGGCCAAAUACAACCAGCUCAUGAGGAUUGAGGAAGAACUAGGUGACCAGGCCCAUUUUGCUGGUCACAACUUCCGCAACCCCAGUGUCCUUUGAACUAUCAGCAGCAGUGCACAAGAACCAAAUGAUAUUAAAUACUCGUUUCGGUGGAGCUCCUAACACACGUAAUCACUCAUAAAUAAGUCUUAUAAUAAUUAGAAAACACAUUGUGACAAUGUUAAUCUAAUGCCUCAGCAAGUGAAGUCACACUUCUUCUGGUGGUCCUGUUCUUUUCCUUCAUACUGUGUGCUUUUCACCCACUCCUGAAAUGUUUUGAUCUUUUGUGCCCUGUUGUUUCAUCUAAUCCCUGUUUCAGUGCAACAGUUUACUGGUACUUUGUCAAAACCCACAAUAAAGUGAUCAGUAUAUGA